AUGAGCUUAAGCGAUGUUCAGUUGGGUGUGGCGGGUCUCGCACACGUCAUAGCAGGUACGUGAAGUCGCACUCGAGCUCGAUCAGAUUGGGGUAUGCUCCAAGUCUCACUCGGAUGCUAUAUCCUCCAACCUAUGCGACAGGGGUCGCCCUCCUCCGGGACCCGACCGCCUUCCUGCGAGUUGUACAGCCCGUUCUCACCCUCAUCGAAAACGAAACCCAACUUCGUCCGUAUUCCGGCAAUGAUCAGGCUCUCGCAUUGGUCGGCGUGCUCUCGUUCGCCAUCGGUCAGUCUCUUCACACCGCGCAGUGGGGCCGCUCGAAACUACUAGCGAUAGCUAAUCCCGACCCUCACCGGGUUUUCUACCAUCAAAGGCGCUCAAUACAUUCUGAGCGUGUACACCUUGGACGAAAAGGCCAAACGAAACUCGAGUGCGUCAUCCCUACGCAGCCACCUGCACAAUCCAUGCUCCGUCUUUCCUGCCUCGUGCAACUUCCUCUCGCACCCCUCAGUGGCACUGCAGCUAGCUGACCUUACCGCGUUUCCGCCUCCUCAGCUCCCGGACGUCUCCUCUUCGCCGCAACUUGCCUCUACGUAUGCAAGAAAACGCCCCAUGGGUCCUCCCUCCUUGCGCUCUUUGGGAUCUUCAGCUUCUUCUCUGGACUUUUCAUGGGCUUCACUGUCGGCUUUGGGGAUGGGAAUGCCGUCGACUUGGAGGAACAGGCUCGUCUCGAGCAAGUCAGGAAUGAACAGGCGAGGGAGGCGACGAGAGCUUUGCAGCAAGCUUCUGCGAGUAGCGUCCAAGAGCCUGCCGCGGCAAGCUCAUCCCAAAAAAAGGACGAGUAG